GGCGCGGAGCCGGGGCGGCCCCGGGGAGGGACUGUCGCGGGGAGGGGUACAGCAGCGGCUGGGGGGGCUGCGGACGCCAGAGUCCGCUAGUGUUGCACACGAAGCUGAUCAGAGAAGAACCCAGCAGAGCAAGGCUCUCAGCCUAAGCCACCCUUUGUCUGGGUUGGGGGCCCCGAGGCAGGGAGGACUGGGGAUCCAAGGGGAGGGGACGGGACGGGACGGAAGGGCCCGGAGCAGCGGCCACUGCAGCGGAGCCAAUUUGGGAGCGGGAUUUGUUGUCUCUUGUUAAAAAGCCUGAUUGCUGGGGGCAGUUGGGAGUUCAAGGAUGAAGGACUGGCUUGGAGCUGACUUGAGGUAGCCUGACUCUGCUCUGUGGGCCCUGGAUCUUGAUCCUGCCCCUUCUGUUUCUGAAAGAGCUGGUCACAAGGGAGGAGGAUGUCCUGCCUGGAGUAGGUCCAGCUGAGCCCAGGAGCUGCACGGAAUGGUGGCAGUCACCUUGCCAGUGCAGCAGGCAUGGACCAGACUGCAAGCUAGAGGAGCAAGGCAUCAGACAGGAAAAGGCGACACACGCCUAGGCUUGAGGCCUCUUCAUCGGAAUGUCCCCAGGCCCCCCAGCCCAGGCCCAGCAUAAAGGCCGUGGGGGGGGCCCCCCCUGACCCAAGGAGGGGCUUCAUGCGCCACGUGCAGGAGCCGUCUCCAUCCUCAGAGCCAGAGGCUGGCCCAUCACAGCCUCCAGCCAGACAGGGGGCCCUUCAGGGUGGCCUGCUCAUGGGCUACAGCCCAGCAGGGGGGGCUACAAACCCCGGGGUCUACCAGGUAUCCAUCUUUUCCCCUCCAGCUGGUGCCUCUGAGCCUCAUAGGGUUCUGAAGCGGCCAGCUUCCACUGAGAGUCCCCGGGAGCUGAAGAGAGGUCCUGGGCUGGGGAACAGAGAGGGACUACCCCCCGAAGAACCAUCUACUGUGGGGCUACUAAGCCCAGAGGGACUGGGACUAGGACUGGGUGUGGCCAGCCAGCAUUUCUCCCAUCAUGGCCUCUGUGUUGUGGAACGGGGAGGUAGUGCUACCUCACCUUGGACUUCAGGGGCCCAGAGUCCCUCCUGGCCCCCAUCAAAUGCUUCCUGCAAUACUUUGCACACCAGAGACUGGGCUAUUCCAGAUCAAGGAGGACAGGGGUACCUGGGGCAGUCUCCGGGGCCAGCCCCCUCAGGCCAGCUGCACACACUUGACACUGAUUUGCACAAUCUUGCACAAAUAGGGGGUAAAAGCCCAGUGGCCAGGGUGGGCAAUGGGAGCAGCCCCUGGCCUAGGGAAUCCCCUGGCACUGCCAAUGGGCACAGUCCCGAGCACACCCCCCCUGGCCCUGGACCUCCAGGCCCCUGCCCCACCAAGCGAAGGCUGCUGCCUGCUGGAGAAGCCCCAGAUGUCAGCUCUGAGGAUGAGGGGCCAGCCCCUCGGAGGCGCCGGGGAACCCUGGGCCACCCUCUUGCUGCCAACAGUUCUGAUGCCAAAGCCACACCUUUCUGGAGCCACCUGCUGCCUGGGCCCAAGGAACCUGUUUUGGACCCAACAGACUGCAGUUCCAUGGGGCAGAGGCUGAAAGGUGCCCGUCGCCUGAAGCUGAGCUCCCUUCGAAGCCUCCGGAAGGGGCCAGGCCUGCUGAGCACCCCCAGUGCCUCCCCCAUUCCUACCCCUGCUGCCAGCCGUACCCUGCUGGGCAACUUUGAGGAGUCGUUACUUCGAGGACGCUUUGCACCAUCCGGCCACAUUGAAGGUUUUACUGCAGAGAUUGGAGCCAGUGGGUCUUACUGCCCCCAGCAUGUCACACUGCCUGUCACUGUCACCUUCUUUGAUGUUUCUGAGCAAAAUGCCCCGGCCCCCUUCUUGGGUGUUGUGGACCUGAAUCCCUUGGGGAGGAAGGGUUACAGUGUGCCCAAGAUGGGCACCAUCCAAGUGACCUUAUUUAACCCCAAUCAGACUGUGGUGAAGAUGUUCCUUGUGACCUUUGAUUUCUCGGACAUGCCUGCUGCCCACAUAACCUUCCUGCGCCAUCGCCUCUUUUUGGUGCCUGUGGGUGAAGAGGGAAAUGCUAGCCCCACCCACCGCCUCCUUUGCUACUUGCUGCACCUCAGGUUCCGGAGCUCCCGCUCAGGCCGCUUAAGCCUGCAUGGAGAUAUCCGCCUGCUUUUUUCCCGCCGGAGCCUGGAGCUGGACACAGGGCUCCCCUAUGAACUGCAGGCUGUGACUGAGGCCCCCCAUAAUCCACGUUAUUCACCUUUGCCCUGAUUGCCAGCAUUCUGAACCUAGAUGGGCCAAAAGCUCGCCUAUUCCGUUCCAUCCUGGACAGGGUAAACAGUGGAGAAAUGGCGAGAGCCCCCUUAGGUUUGAAUUAAAGUCCUCGCCAUGCUCAUACCCAAAUCCAUCAUUUGGGUGUUUAAAGCUUCUGAUCCUUCCAUAUCCUGUCUACUCUGGGUACUCCAUGUGCCUGUCCCCUCCCUUUGAGUUUCCCAGGCCAGCUUGGGUAGUAGGGAGGAACCAGAGCUACCCUGAGAUUGUCCCAUGUACCCAGGCAAGUCAUGCCAGUGUUGCCUCCCUGUCCUGGGCAGGGGCCACUUAUUAUUUUAUUUAUUUUUAAUUUAUAAUUUAUUCAAAUUGGAUUGCCUUGGUAACCUCCCAAACCUGAUAAUUGGCAUCACCCUACUCUCAGAUAUUGCUCCAACCUCUCAGGACUUGAAGAGGUUGAUGUUGGGGGGAGGGGAGAACUGCUUUCCUUUGUCUAGGGGCAGAGGGUUUAUGGCAGAGGGACUGAGUCACUAGCCAAAGACUCAGCUUCCCUUGUUCUUCCCUAUUUCCUUUACCUCCCCUAUCCUCUGACCCAUCUUUGAAAGCCAAUUUGUGUGUGUGUAUGUGUGUGUGUGUGUGUUGCACAAACUUGUUUGUGUGGGAUAUUGUGAGAGAGAAAGUGCAUGUAUGCACACACACAGGGGUUAAACACCCCUCACCUAGGGCUUCAGACUCAGUUGUCCCUCUCCUCUUGCCUGUGUCUCCUUACUUUGGGGUCCUGACUGAGGAAGGUUUCCAGGGACAGAGUCAGGGCUAAGGAUUGGGGUGCCUCCUCUCACCUGGCCAGACUCUGACCCACCUACCUCAGCUGGGAUGAGGGGCACCCCUCAAACUCAGUCAUGUGGUUCCCAACUACCCCAUUCUCCACUCCAGACUCUGACUCAGCCUCAGCCCUUAACUCUCGGGGCUUGGCAGAGGGGAACAAGCAUUUGCUGAAACUUGAAAAAACAAAACAAAAACAGGAAAAAUUGUACCUGGUACAUUUUUUUUAGAAAAAAAAUUAAAAAGAAUAAAUUCUUGUUUGGAGACUUGAA